AUGGGUGAGUGGUCUGGCUGGUCCUGGAGAACAUGGGAGGCUGAGGCGGCUCAGGACACCCGUCCUGCCUGGUCAGACAGGCAGUGGCAGGACCAUGCUGGAGGGCAAAAUGAUGCUUGGGGCGGCGACGGCGGUGCCAGAGCAAGCGAGCCGGCUGUCAUGUCUUCAAGACCGAAGGCUAAGGCCAAGCAGGCGCCAAAAGCAAAGGCAAAGCCUAAGGCCAAGGCUGACAACCGUAAUGCCAGGGACCGGCGGGAUUUCGAGAGGUGGAACUCGGACCACCGUCGGAUGAUGGUGGCAGAACACGAGGCGGAAAGGAGCGCCGCCGCUUUGCAAGAGCUCCAGUUCGAGUUGUGGUCACUCGAAAUCACCACGGACCUCUUGCAGACAGACAUGGAGAACCUCCAGACUGAGCUCAAGCAGGAACAGGAGAAGCUGCGAGAGGAGCAGGGGAGGAACAGCCGCUUGCUCAAUGACGUAGACAAGGCUAUGCGGCAGAAGCUGGAUCUGGAGCAGAAGAUAUGUGAGGUCCGGUCGCAGAAAGACGAGCUCUCUGGCAAACUUAAACAAUGCGAGAAACGGUUGGAGUCCGCACAGUUGGACACAGCGGCCCUCAAGAGACAAGGGAACGCCGCGGAGUUCGACUUGAAAAGAAAGACCGAGGAGAACACCGCCAUCCGAGCCGACCACAGCAAGUACAAGGCGAAGACAGACAAGGUCAUCGAGGAGUUGACAGCGGAGAAGGCGAAGAAAGACAAGGUCAUCCAGGACUUGACAGCCGAGAAG